AUGACCAUGUGGGAAAUCGGCAAGCUUGAAGGAGCAGACCCCUCGGUUCCUUCCUUCGAAAGCCUGUGCAAGGCAGCGGUUGAAGGGCUUCCGACUCGGAAGCAUGAAGUGGAAGCUUGGGCAAAGCAAGGUGUGCUACAGUACUGGUACAGCAAGGAAUUGCACAAAGAGACGACGACGAAGCACGCGUCGACCACGAAGACGACCGAGAAGGUCGGGGAGCUCGAAGAUGAGCCUUUCCGGAAGGUCGAAGAGGCCCUGAAAAUCGAGAGCUCUGUCCGGCCGUUGAUGCUGGGAAACAAGGCCGGAAAGGCCGGGAGCUCUGGUGACGGGCCGCAGCUCGAGGAGGAGAAGCCGGAGGAGGAGCAGCCUGAGGAAGGCGAUCUCUACAAGAAGGCCGUGCAAGGCUCGAGAAAGGCAGUGAAUGCCUACAGCUCCGCCGCCAGCAAAGUCACGACGAUGCUGGCAAGCCUGGAGAAGGCGGCAACACCCGAGGUUCAGGCAGACCCGCAGCAUGCGGUGUCGAAGAUCCAGCUGGGGGAUCUGGAAACUUCAAGCUCGAAAGAGCGAAACCACUGGAACACCGUUUUGGCCAGGUGGCCGGCGACGUGGGACAGGGCUGCUGGGUUCUUCAACGAGGCCGAGAAGGUCGAGGAGGUGGAGCUCGACAAGAGCAAGUGCGAGAAGGCUCUCAAGGAGCUGAACAAAGUGCUUGCCCCUACGAAGGUUUGGACGAAAGGCAAGCUGGACUUCUAG